AUGCUAAAAUUGAUUUUGCCGCAAAAUCAAAUUCCCCAUGAACUCUGUUUUGCUUCUCACAAUUGGCCCUCAUCUCAAUUCUACGCUCGUGUUCUUGAUGCUACGAAUCUUGUUGAUGUUCCAUCCAAUCAUUUUACGCACGCCUUCUGCACAUUUGGCCUUAUGAUGAUACCCGAUGCUUCGAAAGCUCUCAACGAAAUGCUUCGUGUUCUUCAAUCAUCUGGAACAGUCGCGAUAACGACAUGGCAAAAAGUUGGUUGGGUACCUAUUGUGUCCGAAUGCAUUGCACGAGCAAAGAUGUCAUCGACUAAAGAAGAAAAUUCUGUUCCAAUUCUUCA